UGCUUAGUUGGAACACAGCCCAAGUAAAAGCAAAAGGAGGCGUCUACUCCAACCAUAUUCGAGCCAUUGUCUAGACGGAAUAAGAAAAAAUGAGAGAGAAGCCACGAUAUCGGCCAAUUUCAAACUGGCAAGCUGCAAUCAACCCCCAACAUUGGGCUUGCUCUAGAAUUCACUCAGCUGGCUGAGGAAGCGAAAUCCCCCUCCUCAACCUCCGUUAUACUUCCUUUUACGUACCACGAUAUGAUAGACAGACGCCUCCAAAAAAGGAACUUCACAACAAAGUAUCGCCAAGAAUCCUCAUCCGCAAGUACACAGGGGGAAACAACAAAACAAGCUUCCGACUCCUCGACCUCCAGUGGGGGACCUCCCCAAACCAACCAGUCAAUGAUAGACACACAAUCAAACAAGAGCAGGAUACAGAGAGAAGAAGCACCGUCAGUUUCACCCCCCCUAAAAGAAAUUGGAAUCCGAAAAGGGCCGCUCGCAUAUCCAAGCCUUUCGCCAAUGAGAUCCCCCAAAGGACCACAUACAUACAUCCUCUCACAUCCCGCACCCUCCACACCAAAUGCGAAACCCCCAAUAAAUUUCGUCGACGGGAGAGAAAUAAGAUAUGCAGAAAGGAGCUCACUCAGCUGUGGCCACGUAGAAAGCCUCGGCCCGUUCGAACCCACAGCCUGCAUCAGUCAAAACCACACAGAACGCAGCGCCAUGCCCAGCCGGAAUAACGUCAUGCAUUGCUUGAAUAUGCCUCUUGUGCGUCUUAUACCAUCAAUAUGAGCCACCAUUUUUUCUGCAUCUGGUCGUAUCCUGCCGUGUCCGUGUCGCAGCCUCGGCAGCCUCAGUUUCGACCUCUGAAGAAGGGAACAGAAAAAAAAAAAGGAGGCUGGGUAGUUCUGCAGCCGUCGUAGUGCAGAAUAUCCCUCCAUCACAUCCUACUACACCAUAUACGUAUGUCGUGUGCCGCGUGUGAAAUGUGUAAUCACUCAAUACUUGUCACUUUUUACUCUCCCCCUCCAAGGCGGGGGAAAAAUGCAAGGAGCUGCUGGCUGCUGGCUGCUGUUCAACAUGCA